AUGGCUAGGCAUUUCGGUAUGGCCCUCGCCCCAUGGGAUGUCAUGGGAGGUGGAAGAUUUCAGAGUAAAAAAGCAAUGGAGGAACGGAGGAAGAAUGGAGAGUGUAUUCGUUCUUUCGUUGGCGCCUCCGAACAAACAGAUGCAGAAAUCAAGAUUAGUGAAGCAUUAGCCAAGGUUGCUGAGGAACAUGGCACUGAGUCUGUUACUGCUAUUGCUAUUGCCUAUGUUCGCUCUAAGGCGAAAAAUGUUUUUCCGUCGGUUGAAGGAGGAAAAAUUGAGGAUCUCAAAGAGAACAUUAAGGCUCUCAGUAUCGAUCUAACGCCGGACAAUAUAAAAUACUUGGAAAAUGUAGUUCCUUUUGACAUCGGAUUUCCUAACACUUUUAUCGUGUUAAAUUCCUUGACUCAAAAAUAUGGUACGAAUAAUGUUUAG